GACCCGCAGGCGUCCCGUUGCGGGCGGUCCGUUCCAAUAAAUCGCCCCGCGAAGAAAACUUCUGCUCCUUCCUUACCGGUACAGACGCGUUCAGAUCCUUAUUUAAAGACCACAUCAACAGAGGGGUAUUUUCUUUUCUGAGCUUAGAGAAGCUGUAGUAAGCAUGGAGUUAACAGCCUUGAGGAGUCCGCUCCCUUCUUCUGAGGCCUUGAUGAACUCUCAGGACUCUUUUCCAUCCCACCUCAAUUAACCCAAUUAAAAAUACCUUGUUGGUCAAAGAAGUGUGGACUCGGGAGGAAAAGAAAGUGGCGUGGCGGCGGCAGCUUGGACCAAGAACAAGAUGCUAUUGCAAAUGUAAAGGAAAUUGAGUGGCAGAGCCUUUUAUGAACGGGAUUUGGCUCCAAUGACCACCAGUCAUUGUGAGGCAGUGAACUAUACAGUUCUGCCACCUUGAAGAAGCCUCAUGUACCUCUGUAAGAGGACCGUGAUGGCUCUUACCUUUUGGUCAGAAUGUUUAACUUCUAGACAGGUUUGCUGGUUCUCCUUAUUAACUGUGAUGCCUGUAAAACCUCCUAGAAAGCUGUAUUUUUCACGAUGCCUUUUUAAAAAAACAAAUAUGUAUUAGCUUACUUGAAUACUCAUGGAUUUGAUAAUGGCACUACUGUUGUGAUUCUUCUUAAAACUUUAGCUUUAACCUGUCAAAUCAACAUGGAAAUUUCUUGUGUAGUUUCUUUAAAAUGAAAACAUUUCAUAGUUUUCAUUUGUUACAAAUCUGCUUGGCAUUCCACAAGCAUACCUGAGUUCCUAGAUAAACAUUCUAAAUAGGCAAUGUAAACUUGAAAAAACAGUACACUUAAUCAUGGAGAGAGAUGAAAAAGAUGAUGUUCCUGAUGGAACCAGCCAGCUUGUGAGACGAGCCAUUACUUGGGAAAUCUCUGAUUCAGAAGAAGACAAUGACACCGAAUCAAAAAACGCAGCUGCUGUUGAAAGUCUUUCCAGUGCUGUUCAAGACCAUGCAGAAAAGGAAAAGCUUUUGUGCAAAAGCCUGGAUGAAGCAAAAGAGGUCGCUUCACUCACAUCACUACCAGAAGUUGCAUCUUGUUCUAAGAGUGCAAAGAAAGGGAAGAAAAAGUGUUCUACAGAGAAAAUGAAAAUGGGAUUGAGGCAAACAAAAGCUGAAGAAAACAUGCUUAAAGCCGAACUCAAGAAAGAGAGAAUGGAGAGGAAAGAGCAAGAUGCACUGGAAAAAAAGAGGCGAAAAGAAGCUGCAGCUGCCUUGAAAUCCCUUCGGCCUGAUCAGUGCAUGAAGCACAUGAUUGUAUGUGUGGAUCCAGGUAUUUUAGAGGAUCAGGGUUCAGAUGCUUUGCUAGAAACGUUGGGUUCUUUGGAGUGUGGCUAUUCCAUUGUAUCCCAGACAGUUCCACACAGCAUAAGCUGGAAGAGAAACAUCUCCUGUAAUACAUCCAGAACAGAUGGUUUCUUGGAAAAGGCUGAAGAGGAAAGAGAGGUCUUGCUGCUUCUGGAGCCCUGGGAUUUUCUCCAGCGUGUCUUUUCCUUAAUGCAGAAUAUGAAGCCUGGUGGCCAAUGGAGUAUACCGGAUCUUAGCCACCUGUUUCCCCUUAACAGCCUGGAAGGCCAUUCUGCAAAAUCCUACAGUGUGGUUGUCAUCGGACUAGACGCUUACCGGUGGUAUUACCAGCAUCACGGAGAUCAUCAGGGAAUACAAAAUGUUGAGCCAGAGGAAAGGAUGGAGGGCCUCAGGUUGCCACCUGACCCAGAGAUGUCUGUGACACAGCAACACAUAGAGGAGGCGCUGGUGGUGCUGCAGCUCUGGGGUAACACGGGGGUCUUGUUCCUGGAGACGUGGCAAGAGCUGGCCCUGCACAUUUCCACCGUGACCAAAGCAAUUGCACAGCGACCGUACAAGAGACAGCGGGAAAACCAGACCUUCUCCUUCUGCACUGGAGGUGGAUGGGCCAGUGGUGUGCGUGUGCUCAAGGAUGGGACGGGGCUCAGAGAGGCCUGGUCGAGGCAAAUCCAACAGUUCAACCGUGUCAGCCCUGCUGUGGCAGCAGCUGUCACCCAAGCCUACCCUUCGCCCAGCCUGUUGCUGCAGUAACCCCCCUUUUCUGCACUUGUUAUGAAUUUGGCAUGUUUUGAGUCCUGAAGUUCAUUCUGACAGAUCUAGCAUCAAUCUGACUUGCCAUGUGGAUCUACAUGAUUUUCCAUCAUGAAGGACCAUCACGGUAUGAGAGCCAGUGGACUGGGGACUUGGGAGAUCCAGGUUCUGGUCCCCGCUCAGCCAUGGAGCCAACCGGGUGAUUUUGGGCCAGUCACAGACUCUCAGCCCAACCCACCUCAUGAAAUUGUGGGGAUAAAAUGAAGCUACGCAAGCUGCCUUGGGUUCCUCAAAAGAGGAAAAAUGACAAGAUAGCAAUGCAGUGGAAUGGUGAUGGUGUCGUGUGUGUCACAGCAUGAGUCCAUCCAGUUUGCCAGGUGGCACUCAACUAGCCAAACCCUGCCGUGCAACGUCAGCAACUGGCUGCUACCACAGAUGGCCCUAAAAAAAGCAGGGCCAAGUGUGGGGUGAAGGGAACGAGACAGACGACCUAUUGAAGCUAUCAGUAACUGAAGUUUCAAGUACGUGUCAAGUCUACCCCCCUCCUGAAAAUAAGAUGCUGCCCUCAAAUAUGAAAUCCACUAGUUUUCAACAUGGCCUGCAGCAGGGGUCAAAUGUUUGCUGGGGAAAAUCAGACAGCAAGCCCAAAUGAUCGUAGCUGAUUUUUAAGAUAGUAUUUUCAUGAAGCAUAUCUAAGUAGAUGACAGUUAACUGUGGAGGCCUGAAGUUUUAUCCAGAGCCUGUUUUUGGAUAUGGAGUCAAAAGCCGUUUUAAAAUCAGCAAAUACUGAAAACAAAAAGGACCUUGGCUUACUUGUACAUUCAUCUGUCAAGCACGGCAAAAUUAAAACCUGACCGAGAGGCAAGAGUCCAGGUCUAAAACUGACCUGUUCAUCAGGCAGAAUCGUGUCAAAAUCUACCCUGUCUAAGAAUUUCCAGAACAGAUGCCCAGCAUACAACUUCCUAAUGAUGCUAAAGAGCCUAGCUGGAUGAUCGCUUUGAGCCAGAGCAGUCGCAAUUCAAUUCAGGAUGAACUGCGACUGGCAGCAGUGUCAAGGGACAGCGGUCACCCACGGCUGUGUUAACCUGUCAUGUGCAACCACAUCGUCGUGCUGCAUACCAUGUCAGUGCCAUAGACCGGUGACGUCAUCUUGAUUUCCCAGAAGUGUUGCC